AGGGCGCACGGGGGACGCGCGUAAAAGCAACCGAGCUGCUUCAUUUCAGCAGUGAAGAGCAGCGUUGAACUUCUCCACAGUCUCUCAGUCAAGUUUGGACUUUCCUUCCUCUCGUGAAUCUCGUUUUGAGCCUCGUUCACCUGUGGGUUAUAUUCUUUGUUGAGAACCGGAGGUGUGUUUCCUAUGAUGCUCGGAUAUCCCAGGAGUGUUGGUUCCAUGCUUUGGAUACACAAUGUGAGGAUUUAUGUCGGAAUAAACAAGGACGCUGCGUAAAGGAAACCCCGAAAUCCCCAGUGUGACCAGUGAAGAUCGUUUCACUCCAAAGUGCGGAAUGGGGCGGUUAUGUACACUGCUUCUUGUUGCUUUUUUGGGCUGGGCUGAAGGAGGCUCUUCUCUGCACCACCCAGACGUCGGGUCCAGCCGCCUCGCUCUGGAGAAAGCCUUCGGUCGGUCCCUCAAAGACUCCCAGUGCCAGCACAUGUUGAAGCACCUUCACAACGGAGCCCGCAUCUCUGUGCUCAUGCCUCCCAACGUGGAGGGGCACUGGGUCUCCACCAGCUGUGAGGUGAGACCAGGCCCGGAGUUCCUGACGCGCUCCUACAGUUUCUACUCCAACAACAGCUUCCAGGCUCACCAGUUCUACUACGAGGACAACCACUGCACCAAACCGUCGUACACUCUGGUGAUCCGCGGCCGCCUGCGCCUCCGCCAGGCCUCCUGGAUCAUCCGCGGCGGCACAGAGGCGGAGUACCACCUCCACCGCGUCCAGAUGGUUUGUCACACCGCCACCGUGGCCAAAGAGCUCAGUCAGAGGCUGAACCACAGCUGCAAAGGAGCCGUGACGGGCCCCUGGGAGCCCAGUGUGGCCUACGAGCUGUGGAGCGAGGAGGGCGGAUACGACUGCUCCCGGGAACUUAACUUCGCCAUGCAUGAGCUGCAGCUGCUGAGGUUGGAGAAGCAGUACCUGCAUCACAACCCGGAUCACCUGGUGGAGGAGCUCUUUCUGGGAGACAUCCACACCGAGCCGUCCCAGAGGCUGUACUACAAGCCGUCCAGCUACCAGACCGCCCUGCAGAACGCCAAGAACCACGACCACGGCUGCAUCGACUGCCGGAUCAUCUUCCGCUCCGACGCGCUGCACCCCCCCAUCCUCGCCCCGCGCGCCGACCUGACGGUGGGGCUGUACGGUCAGUGGGUGAGCCAGCGCUGCGAGGUGCGCCCCGAGGUGCUCUUCCUCACCCGCCACUUCAUCUUCCACGCCAACAACCACACCUGGGAGGGCCACUACUACCACUACUCCGACCCCAUCUGCAAACACCCCACCUUCAGCAUCUACGCCCGGGGGCGCUACAGCCGGGGGCUCCACUCCACCCGCGUGAUGGGCGGGACAGAGUUUGUCUUCAAAGUGAACCACAUGAGAGUCACUCCCAUGGACGUCGCCACCACCUCCCUGCUCAACGUCUUCAACGGUAACGAGUGUGGGGUGCAGGGCUCCUGGCAGAUGGGGGUGCAGCAGGACGUCACCCUGACAAACGGCUGUGUGGCGCUGGGCAUCCGCCUCCCCCACACGGAGUACGAGCUGUUCCGCAUGGAGCAGGACGCCCACGGACACUACCUGCUGUUCAACGGCCAGCGGCCCAGCGACGGAUCCAGCCCCGACCGGACGGAGAAGAGGGCGUCCUCCUACCAGAUGCCGCUGGUUCAAUGCUCGGCCAGCAGCCAACCGUCAGAUUUCAGCAGGACGGAGAACAGGCCUCAUCUGAACCACAAUGCCUGCAGAGGGGGGCACAGAGGCAGCCAGCAGCACGUCACCGUGGCUCUCCUCACCUUCAUCACGUCUCUGCUUCUCCGCUGGCAGAGCUAGAGAGAUGUUUUUCUACAUAAAGACACAGUGUGGAUUACAAGGGCAGACAAACGUUUGACUUCUCUGAUGUGAAAGAGGAUAAAAACUGGUGAUUAAAGUGAACUUGUUGUGACCAGAAACCAAAGACUCGACACUGCUGCUCCACAGAAACUUUAGCACUUUAGAGUGGAACCAAAGACCGACCUGUCUGUUUCCACAAAUAUACAAAGAUAUAUCCACAUAGACCUGAGAGUUUGUUUAUACUGUGUAUUUACCUACAUCUAUCAAGUCAUUUCUUGGUACCGCAAAAAGACACGAUUUGUUGGAAGUCUUUUCUACGAUGAACUCAGUCAUGGUUUACAGUAAAAGGGAACUACACUACUUACAGCAUUUUGUAAAUGUUGCCUUACAGUAUGACAAACUCUGCAGAAGUUAUGUCAUCAUUUCACAUUAUUUUGUAUACAAUAAAGUUACCUACCUUACAUGCACCCUGAAGAGAUAUUUGUAUUCACCCACUGAUCAAAGAGCUGCAUCCUCACUGGCCGACGCUUGACCUUGUUUCUGUUUAUUAUGUCAUACUCGGACUAGGAAACUGCACCUGGAAAAUUGGCUUUAACUCCAGCUUCGUGUCAGCAAUUGAAGGGGCAAUAUGGCUGAAUUCACAAAACCUAUAUCAUGAGAAUAUGUUCUGCAAAAUCCCAACAUAAUCAAAAUAAGAUUCCAUUGUUUUGCUUGUGUAAAGAUGUUCUAAUUUUCAAAAUACAUACAAAUUUGCAAAGACCAAAACGUUUUACUUGUGGGUUUUCGGUAAAAAAUGACUGUCACUGUGGUGUCGUCACCCUUGACAUGGUGAACCAGUACCUGUUUGGAUCUAGCAGGCUUCUGCAAUACGAAAAAACAUUAUACUUCAAAACAAACUCUUAGAAAAUCUUUCUAAGAGCCAGUGAAUUAUAAUUGAUGGUGCAGAAUCCUGAAGAACCUUAAAUGGAUUCCAAGAAAUGUCUGUAACUGGAUACAUGUAUAAGAUUAAAGCUUUGAUACUCUUUAA